AUGCCAAACGUACCGCCCGAGGCGCGAUAUUGCCAGUGCGGCGUCGCGCGUUCCGAUAUAAUACCCGGUGGCGCCGCGCCAGGCGCGUGCACGGGCGGCGCCGUCACGCUGUCAUCGAUAUCGAUCGGAUUUAUCGACAAACGGUGCCCGAUACGGUCCGAGUGGAAAUUGGCCGAUAGCGCGUGCAACGAAAGCGGCCGACGCGAAAGCGGCGCCCAGAUA